AUGACGUUAUUGUGGAAAACCGAAGAAGAACGAUUCCGCGGUCUAUUCAAUGCAUUAAACAAUUCUGCUAAAUUAUUCAAAGCAUGGCUAUUCCACAUCCCUCUUAUCUGUACAAGCGAUCCGGAUAUGAUUCAGAAAAUACUCACAAGUCCACAGUGCGUUCAGAAGCCACACUUUUACGACAUUUUGAAAUUUGAGUUCGGUUUACUUGUGGCGCACAGUGAUGUGUGGAAACGUCAACGGAAAGCAUUGAAUCCUUCAUUCAACCAAAAGAUUUUACAUGGAUUCAUACCCAUUUUUGACCGAACCGCUCAGACCCUGGCUAAAAAACUUUCACAGUACGCCGAUGGUGAGAAAAUUCAAAUCACAGAUUUCAUGACAAGAUGCACAUUGGAGAUGGUUUGUGCAACUACGAUCGACUGCAACAUCAAUGAAGAUCCGGAGGCAGAUAAAUUUUCCCAUUUGAUCGAUAAAAUUACAGAAUUUGUAUUGAAUAAAUUGUUAAACCCUCUCCUUUGCGUGGAAUCUAUCUACCGAUUGACAAAACAUUAUAAAAUGGAAGAAGCAACACGGACGGAACUUUCCCAGUUUGUUCACAAGGUAUUUCGAAACGCUAAGGCACAAAGAGCAAAACGGGAAACGUUCUCUGAAACAGCUAAUGACGAAGAUUACCGGAAACCAAAAAUUUUCAUCGAUCAGCUGUUGGAUCUUUAUGACCAGAAGCUUUUCAAUGACAUUGAGAUGUUUGAUAAUGUCGUCACAAUGAUCGUUGCGGGCACUGACACGUCUGGCACGGUCAUGGGAUUCGUCGCACAUAUGCUCGCCAUAUAUCCACAUCUGCAGGAAAAAGUUUACCAAGAAAUUAGUGGAGUCUUUCCGGCGAAUAAAAAUUUACACUUCACACCGGAAAACUUGAGCCAGUUGCAAUACACGGAAAUGUUUAUAAAAGAAACGCUCAGACAUUUUCCACUAGGUCCAAUGUUUCUGCGAGCACCAUUGAGCGAUAUUGAGCUGGAUGAAGUCCAGGUACCGGCAGACAUCUGGGGACCUGAGGCAGAAGAGUUUAAUCCGGAUAACUUUUUCCCUGAACGAAUCGAAAACCGACACCCUUUUGCCUUUCUGCCAUUUAGCGGUGGCAUUCGAAAUUGUAUCGGUUACCGGUACGCCAUGAUUAGUAUGAAGGUAAUGAUGGUGCAUUUGUUAACAAAUUUCAGAUUCAAAAGCGAUCUGAUGUCCCGCAAAGAUCUGCGGUUGAAAUAUAGUCUGCUGCUAAAAUUAUCCGAGGAACCAGGAAUAAAACUGGAACGUCGGCUAAAGGCAUAG